AGUCAACAGAGCUGCUGGGGUUGGAUUUAUUGAUUUCAAAUAUGUACACUACUCUUGAUUGAUGGAAACUAGUUGGUUAGCUUUGUUUAUGUGAGCAGAUGUUGGAUGAAAUAAUUUAGAAGGCUGGAUGAGGAAUGGGACCCUCAACUUCUGAGGUUUUUAUUUAUCUUUGAAAUGAACCCAGGUGUGUAGCCAUGUGUGUUUGUGUGUUUCAGGGUGUAGCAGAAGCCGAGCUGGAGAAGGAUUUGGAGAGAACGUUCAAGAUCUUCUUUUUCAGCAGCAACGAACCGGCGAGCCGUCCUGCUCUCAGCACUGCAGGCGUCCGAGCUCGAGGUGGUCUGUUUGUGGGUCUGCCAGAGGAGGUUCCCCGCAGCGCCAUGCUGACGGAGGCCGAGCUGCAGUACUACGUCAGACGCUUCAAAGAGAGCGGCUUCAGGAGGCCCUUGAACUGGUAUCGAAACCACGAACCCAACUGGAGGUGGAUGUGUUCUCAGCCCACCGGGAAGGUUCUGAUGCCGGCGCUGAUGGUGACGGCAGGUAAAGACCCCGUUCUGCUGCCGGCUCUCUCCCGAGGAAUGGACGACUUGAUCCCGCACCUGAGCAGAGCUCAUAUCGAGGAGUGUGGACACUGGACGCAGAUGGAGAGGCCGGCAGAGACCAACAGGAUCCUGAUAUUGUGGCUUAAAGAGGUGCACAAGAAGACUGCAGGUGUCACGGUGGCACCCAAACUGUAAGGAAGGGAGGAAGGGAAGGAGAAGCUCGUAGGAGGGUUAAAAAGAAGUGAGAACAAAUAAGUGGACAAAAUUUCAAAUUUCUAAAAUGUUUCGCUUCUAAACACUCCAUACUCAAAACUGUUGGGCUUUUAUUUCACAAUAAAAGCUCAUUUUUCAGGGCCUUACUGGACACAUUUUCCUGAAACAAUAUGGCCACUAAUGUGUGACGUGCUUCUUUUUUUUUCUGUUCCGAUAGUUGGUGCAAUAAAAUCCUUAACAGUU